UCGUCUUCGUUAAUCGUUUGUCGUCGAGUGUUGAUGGUGGAAGUGGUAUGUAAAAUUAUCCCCGGCUUCUGUCUAGAAUCGGGAUAAUUGCAGUUAACUAGAAUAAGUUUUACUUAAAAGAAGCAAAUAUAAUGCAGAGUGUAAUAAAUACUGUGAAGGGUACAGCCCUGGGAGUUGCGGGAUAUUUGACUCCGGUCCUGAAGGAAUCAAAGUUCCAAGAGACUGGAGUCCUAACUCCUGAGGAGUUUGUAGCAGCUGGAGAUCAUCUUGUGCACCACUGUCCUACUUGGCAAUGGGCAAAGGGUGAGGAAGGCAAAAUUAAGCCUUAUUUACCAGCUGAUAAACAGUUUCUUAUCACAAGAAAUGUGCCUUGCUAUAGAAGAUGUAAACAGAUUGAGUAUUGUGAAGACCAUGAGAAGAUAAUAGAAGAUGAGCAAGAUGAGGAUGGAGGCUGGGUCGACACACACCACUAUGAUUCUGCCGGCUCACCUACUAUUGAAGAAAAGGUGUGUGAAAUGACCUUAGAGGCAGCGGAGACAGGUGACAGUGAUGAAGCAGCAGGAGACCCUGAUGACGACGAUGAUGAUGGCGAGGAUGGCGAAGCGGAGGAUAUGGAAUUAUUUCAGGAAUCAGGACUACUGGAUGAGGUGGAUCCAUCAACAGCCCUUAGCUGUAAAAAGCCCACCGAAGGAGGAUCCCGUCGAGCGCCUUCAGGCAGUGGUGACGAAAUAGUACGUACGCGCACCUACGACCUUCAUAUUACGUACGACAAGUAUUAUCAGACGCCGAGACUAUGGCUCAUUGGAUAUAAUGAGGAGCGUAAAUUGUUAAGCGUAUCUCAAAUGUACGAGGACGUAUCUCAAGACCACGCCAAGAAGACAGUGACUAUGGAAACGCAUCCUCAUCUUUCGGGGCCUUCAAUGGCGUCAGUCCAUCCUUGCCGACACGCAGAAGUAAUGAAGAAGAUAAUAGAAACUGUGACAGAAAGUGGCGGCGAACUUGGAGUACAUUCUUAUCUCAUUAUAUUCCUCAAAUUUGUACAAACUGUAAUACCAACCGUUGAAUAUGAUUUUACACAGAAUUUCACUAUUCAGUAAAACGUAUGCGCCGGCGCUUAGUAUUCGUAUAUGCUUAAAUCGCUUUUCGGUCAGUAUAUCUUACGAAUCAUCGACAAAAUGCCAGCGCAGUUCACGUUCAAGGGUCAUCUCAAUGUCUUUGUGCUAAUAUGGCCAGGUGCUAUAUUCACAAAUCGAAUUUUAAAAUGACAGUUUAUGCCCAUUUAUUAAAAGAUCUAUAUAUCUCUUGAAUUAAGUUAUAUUUAUAUGGGAUUGGUUUGCAAUAAUAACAUUUAAAUUACGAUAAAAAUUAAAGGGAUGUUUUUGACAUUUUCUUUAUUAAUCCGGCUCGAAGGACCUAAAAUUUAAAAAUGUUUUUUUUUUGUAUAUUAAAAGUUCUUUGCGUGAAAAAAGAAACAAAAUCAAUAGAGGUCACUAAGAAAUAUUCGGUUUAAUGCUAUUUGUCAUAGUUUAGAUGUACCAAUGGUUAUCGAAGUUAUUUUAAAGUUUGGUUUUUAAAUAACCAUAUUAAUUGAAAUGACAAAACUACAUUUUUAAUUUAACCUUUUAUAAGAGAAAGUCUUUAUCAAUGUCUGAUUUAUAAUUUUGAAUAUAAAAAAAUCCGUCAUAUGGUUAAACGGUCAAAACAAGAUUUUUCAAUACUCUGGGACCUUGAAAUCGCUUGAACUUUGUUUGUUCAAUUAAAAAAAUCGUUGACCUCGUUCAUAACGGAAGCCAUUGUUUUGUCCUUAUCGCUCUCGUGGCGUUUGAAAAUAAAUAAACGUGAUAAAAAC